AUGUUGCACAAGUCCACGAACCCAUACAAGCCAUGCAUUCCUUUUUCGGGCCGACUUCGAGACGAGAAGCAAGAGAAGAAGUUCCGAGACCUCUAUGACAUGCUCUCGAAGGUCAAUGUCAACCUACCAUUCCUUGAUGUGAUCAAGAACAUGUCGUCCUAUGUCAAGUUCUUCAAGGACUUGGUCACUAAGAAGAGGCAAUUUGAAGAUGGAGAGAAGGUGGUGGUUUACGAAGUGGCGAGUGCUAUGCAGCAUGACUUGCCCAAGAAAGAACGUGAUCCUGGGGCGGCUAGGUCUCGGAGAUUUGAGACCAACUCGUAUGUGCCUCUAGCUCACCGACCACACGAUCCGAUAUCCCAAAAGGGUGGUAGAAGAUGUUCUUUUUGUGUGGGGAAGCUUAUUGUCCCGGUGGACUUUGUCGUGCUAGAUGUAGGGGACGUAAAAGAGAAUAUGAAGGAUCAUACCAUCCUCCUUGGCCGACCAUUCAUGGCCACCACUAACACUCUCAUUGAUGUCAAGAACGGGACAUUGAACAUGACGGUCCUGGGCGAGUCAGUAUCCAUUUUCUUUCAAGAAGCUACAUUCACAUCCUUGGUGAACUUUGUGGAGGAGUGUACCUUUGUUGAUGUAAUGGACCCGUUCGUUGGAGAGAUGACCAGAAGCAAAAGUCGAUCAUCAUCUUUGUCGAGCUUAAUCGGGAAGAGGAAAAAGAGCUCAUUGAAGUGCUCAAGAAGAAAAAAAAGCCAUCGGGUGGAGCUUUGGAGACAUCAAAGGCAUCAGUCCCUCCACGUGCAUUCACCAGAUCAUCUUAGAAGAAUGUGCCAAACCAUUUCGGGACAGCCAGCGGCGGAGCAACCCGAACGUGAUGGAAGUUGCGAAGAAGAAGACGGAUGUCGUUCGGCCUGUGCAAAUCCAACGGGGACUUUCCAACGGUGCAUGUUCUCCAUUUUCUCUGACAUGCUUGAGGAUUGCUUACAGAAGAGUCACUUUACGGUGAAAAGUGGAGUCGUGUUAGGGCAAGUAGUGUCUAGUCGGGGGAUAGAGAUUGAUAAAGCGAAGGUUGAUGUGAUUGAAAAACUUCUCCCUCCUAUGAAUGUAAAAGGAGUUAGAAUCUUUUUGGGUCAUGUUGGCUUUUACAGGAGAUUCACUAAAGAUUUUUCAAAAAUUAUCCAGCCUUUGUGUAACUUGCUUGCUAAUGAUGUGUCAUUUGUGUUUGAUGAUGCAUGUGUAGAUGCUUUUGAUAGAUUGAAGAAUAAUCUUAUGAGUGCACCUAUUGUUAUUGCUCCUGAUUGGUCUUUACCCUUUGAGAUCAUGUGUUGA